UCUAGUUCUAGUUCUAGUUCUAGUUCUAGUUCUAGUUCUAGUUCUAGUUCUAGUUCUAGUUCUAGUUCUAGUUCUAGUUCUAGUUCUAGUUCUAGUUCUAGUUCUAGUUCUAGUUCUAGUUCUAGUUCUAGUUCUAGUUCUAGUUCUAGUUCUAGUUCUAGUUCUAGUUCUAGUUCUAGUUCUAGUUCUAGUUCUAGUUCUAGUUCUAGUUCUAGUUCUAGUUCUAGUUCUAGUUCUAGUUCUAGUUCUAGUUCUAGUUUUAGUUCUAGUUCUAGUUUUAGUUCUAGUUCUAGUUCUAGUUCUAGUUCUAGUUCUUGUUCUUGUGCUAGUUCUAGUUCUAGUUCUAGUUCUAGUUCUAGUUCUAGUUCUAGUUCUAGUUCUAGUUCUAGUUCUAGUUCUAGUUCUAGUUCUAGUUCUAGUUCUAGUUCUAGUUCUAGUUCUAGUUCUAGUUCUAGUUCUAGUUCUAGUUCUAGUUCUAGUUCUAGUUCUAGUUCUAGUUCUAGUUCUAGUUCUAGUUCUAGUUCUAGUUCUAGUUCUAGUUCUAGUUCUAGUUCUAGUUCUAGUUCUAGUUCUAGUUCUAGUUCUAGUUCUAGUUCUAGUUCUAGUUCUAGUUCUAGUUCUAGUUCUAGUUCUAGUUCUAGUUCUAGUUCUAGUUCUAGUUCUAGUUCUAGUUCUAGUUCUAGUUCUAGUUCUAGUUCUAGUUCUAGUUCUAGUUCUAGUUCUAGUUCUAGUUCUAGUUCUAGUUCUAGUUCUAGUUCUAGUUCUAGUUCUAGUUCUAGUUCUAGUUCUAGUUCUAGUUCUAGUUCUAGUUCUAGUUCUAGUUCUAGUUCUAGUUCUAGUUCUAGUUCUAGUUCUAGUUCUAGUUCUAGUUCUAGUUCUAGUUCUAGUUCUAGUUCUAGUUCUAGUUCUAGUUCUAGUUCUAGUUCUAGUUCUAGUUCUAGUUCUAGUUCUAGUUCUAGUUCUAGUUCUUGUUCUAGUUCUAGUUCUAGUUCUAGUUCUAGUUCUAGUUCUAGUUCUAGUUCUAGUUCUAGUUCUAGUUCUAGUUCUAGUUCUAGUUCUAGUUCUAGUUCUAGUUCUAGUUCUAGUUCUAGUUCUAGUUCUAGUUCUAGUUCUAGUUCUAGUUCUAGUUCUAGUUCUAGUUCUAGUUCUAGUUCUAGUUCUAGUUCUAGUUCUAGUUCUAGUUCUAGUUUUAGUUCUAGUUCUAGUUUUAGUUCUAGUUCUAGUUCUAGUUCUAGUUCUAGUUCUUGUUCUUGUGCUAGUUCUAGUUCUAGUUCUAGUUCUAGUUCUAGUUCUAGUUCUAGUUCUAGUUCUAGUUCUAGUUCUAGUUCUAGUUCUAGUUCUAGUUCUAGUUCUAGUUCUAGUUCUAGUUCUAGUUCUAGUUCUAGUUCUAGUUCUAGUUCUAGUUCUAGUUCUAGUUCUAGUUCUAGUUCUAGUUCUAGUUCUAGUUCUAGUUCUAGUUCUAGUUCUAGUUCUAGUUCUAGUUCUAGUUCUAGUUCUAGUUCUAGUUCUAGUUCUAGUUCUAGUUCUAGUUCUAGUUCUAGUUCUAGUUCUAGUUCUAGUUCUAGUUCUAGUUCUAGUUCUAGUUCUAGUUCUAGUUCUAGUUCUAGUUCUAGUUCUAGUUCUAGUUCUAGUUCUAGUUCUAGUUCUAGUUCUAGUUCUAGUUCUAGUUCUAGUUCUAGUUCUAGUUCUAGUUCUAGUUCUAGUUCU